UAAAGCCACCCAUUCACCCAUUCCACCCACCUCCCUACAACCUGUGGUCGCAUACAAGUACCUCCUCCCGUCUCAAAGGAAAAGGAAGUUUUUAACGCAAGCAACGAACAACUCUCCCUCCCCUCGCCUCAGUUUCCCACGACGCGGCGGCGCCGAACGAAUACCUUUGACGGCGAAAGCCUACCUUCUAUCACGCGACGACGAGCGAGCGAUGAGCACCAUGCGCGACGACGCAGGACCCAUAACCGACAUAUCCAAGCCCGGGGUGAAGCUCGACCACGAGUUUGUCCGGGGGCUGAGGCAGGAUGUAGCACGGUUGCUGGGGAGGACGAACGACAAGUUCCCGGGAGCGCAGCCAGUUAGUUUUGCGAGGAGGCAUAUGGAGGAGUUGAGGAAGGAGGAUUAUUACGUCUGCGAAAAGUCUGACGGGAUCCGGUAUCUGCUAUAUCUCACCCAGGACGACCACGGACACGCAUGCCACUACUUGAUCGACCGAAAGAAUGAUUACUGGUACAUGGAGAAGAGAAACUUGCAUUUCCCUCUCCCGAACGCGAGUCCGGCAGAGUUUCACGUCGACACAUUGAUUGAUGGGGAGUUGGUCUUUGACAAGGUCCCCGGGGGAGGGAAGGAGCCGAAAUUCUUGGUUUUUGACCUUUUGUGUCUGGACGGCAAGGCGGAUUUGCUUAGUAAAUCGCUUGACAAGCGGCUGGGGUACUUUAAGGAACAUGUGAUGAAGCCGUACAAGAAAUUGUUUACGGAGUUCCCGCAGGAGCUCCCGUUUCAGGCUUUCAAGGUGGAGAUGAAGGAGAUGCAGUUUAGCUAUGGGAUCGAGAUGAUGUUUCGGGAGGUGCUGCCGAAGCUGAAGCAUGAGAAUGACGGGUUGAUUUUUACGUGCCGGACGACGCCGUAUCAGUUUGGGACUGAUCCGCACAUUUUGAAGUGGAAGGCGCCGCAUGACAACACGGUGGAUUUUAGGUUGCGGUUGGUUUUUCCUACUGUUGAGCCGGAUGAGGAGGAACGGGCGGAGGGGAUCACGAAACCGUUUGUGGAUUAUGAUAGUCUGCCGGAGGCCAGGUUGUUGGUUUUUAAGGGGAGUGAGAGGGGGCAGCCCCAGUAUGAGGAGUUUGGGGAGGGGCUGCAUUUGAGUGAGGACGAGUGGGAGGAGCUGAAGAGCUGGGGGGAUCCGUUGCAGAAUAGGGUGGUGGAGUGCUGCUUGGAUGAGGAGAGGAGGUGGAGGUUGUAUAGGUUUCGGGAUGACAAGGCGGAGGCGAACCAUGUUAGCACUGUUAGGAGUGUGUUGGAUAGUAUCAAGGAUGGGGUGGGGGAGCAGGAGUUGAUUGGGGCUGCGAAGGGGAUCAAGGAUGGGUGGAAGGCGAGGCAGCAAGGGGGUGGGGGUUAUGGGCAUUGA